CCCUUUUCUUCCCCAUGGGUAGGUCUUUUAUUUCCUUUAAGGCGUGCACACAAACAAAAAAAUUUAUAGGAGGAGACGACGAGAGAUCACCGAAAUAUACAUAAGGAAGCAUUGAAGGAGUGAAAGCUUUUUUUUUCUCAGUUGAUGGGAGCUUAGGUUGUUGUAGCUUUGCAUGAAUGGAUAAUAAAAACAGAGAAGCUCGAAGAUCAACAACAACCAUGGCGGCUUCUAAUGGAGUAACAAGACGGAGACAGAGACUCUCUGAGAAUAGUCGUGAGCAGAUGCAUCAGGAGGUGAGAGAUCGACCGAGGAAGAAAGAGAGAGAUCCGGAAUCGUUGAAUCGGAGUAAGAGGAGACGGAGCGAGAGGUUCACUCGGAGGAGGAACGAGGGAGAUUUAGAAGAAGAAGAAGAAGAUAGUUCGGAUGAGAGUCUGGGAGGAGACGACCAUGUUCAUCACAGGAAGAGCUUCCCGAGGCAUGCGUCGUCGUCUUUGAAAGUCGCCGAUGAAAUGAUCGGCGUACCUGUCCCGAGAAAAGCUCGCUCAGCAUGUAUAAAGAGGUCGAAUGACUGCCGGACUUCAUCGGGAAGCGGUGGCGGUGGAUUCGGUGAAGACCGGCGAAGAAGACCUUCUACUUCUCCGGGGAGCUAUAGCUUCGAAGUUGUUUCACCUUCUUCGAAGAAGAUUGUAAACGGAUCCAAAUCGCGGAUACCAAAGCCGCCGAAAUCAUCCGGCACGGUUGAGGACGACUUGGAGUUCGAAAUAGCAGAGGUUCUUUCCGGUUUGAAAAAGCAGCCUCUUCUUACCACAAAGAGACCUGACGAUUCGGAGGUCAAAGGUGCCAAGAAGUUGAGAACGGAAGGUGAUGAUUCCUCGUCAGGUGUAGAGAUCGCUUGUAGUGCUAGAAUCUGUGACUCAUCGAACAUUGAUAAAUCUACCACUGACGGGACUAAACCAUCGUCAGCAGUCUCCAUGGAGAACGACGUAAGGCAACAAACACGGACCAUGUUGGAUUCGGAGGUCUCAAAAGGGGUAUCAGAGGGUCCACAAUUGGAAAACAACAUAGAUGAGAGUCAUUCUAGUACUAAGCUCGAUAUUGAUCUCAUGGUUCCUCCAGCAGUGCCCUCCUCGCCAGGGAGAGUUUCUCUUCUUCCAUUGGUUUCUGAUUAUUGCAAGCAGGAUAGUUCUUUAAAGUGCAAAGAGAAGAUUAUUCUCAAGAAUGAGAUGACUCCAGAAGAAGUCCAACAGCAUAAGACUGAGAAACACGAAUGGCUGAAUCUUAAUAUAGAGAGACCUAACCAAGAGCCCGGCAGAGAUUCUAAUCUAAGAUUACAGAAUUUUGAUUGGAGCCAACCUCAGCAGGCUAAAUCUGCUCAGCAGAGUUCCGUCUUACCUUUUCCGGUAGCUUUAGGCAGUUGGCCUAGCGGGCUUCCUUCCCAGGCAUAUGUACCCCUGAUACAGACCGGUAAGCCUGUGGAUAGGAGCAAUGGAUCUUCUACAUUAGUGCAGCAGGGUGCUCCUAUUUUUGCCUCUCAGCCUAGGCCUAAAAAGUGUGCAACACACUUUUUCAUUGCUCGGAACAUUCAACUACAUCAGCAUUUCGUCAAAACAAGCCAUGUCUCUACACCAAACAAUUGUUCUGUGUAUCUUACAGGUGGUGACUUAAACCCGGCUGCUGGAAACCCAUCCUUGCAAGGAAGCUCUCCUAUUAUCAAUUUAAACUCCCAGCCACAUGAUGGAAAUGCAGAAAAUAUUUCUGCGCCUAAGGAGAAAGCCUCUGAAAGAGCUCAUUUUGCCUCAACCAGACAGAAGAAUCCUCAACCACCCCCUCCAUCAAGUAGCAUAGUGCCUGCUCCAGCUUUCAUCUUCCCCUCAAAUCACCAUUUGCAACCAGUCAUGGUAGCUUCUAAAUCACCUCUCCCAACAAAGAGCCCACGUGUGGCUGUUGGUUCAACAUCGGUCAACUUCAGUCAUCCAAGUUCAUCAGCCAGCGAAGCUUCUUCUCCGUACUUUACAGUUCUUCCAAACAAUGCAUAUUCCUUUCAACUGUCAUCAACCAUCAGAGGUGGGACUGCAAGCCAGGCGUUGCCUUACUUCAAUGGGUCCUUUUAUUCGCCGCAGAUGUUCCAACAACCUCCUCAGCUUAUGCAGAGACAGAGUCCAUCCCAGAGGGAGUCAAAAGCAUCAAGCUUUUCCUCAUCAUCCCACAGGCAACCGCAACCGCAGCCGCAAGUUAGUGUGAAUAGCCUAUCAGGCCAAGCUAAUGUUCACCGUCAACAGUCACAAAAGUCUGAGGCUAAAGCAGCUGGAGAUAACUCUGAUUCAAAGGGUAGCCACAAUCAGAAAGGAGGCCCAUAUGGCCAGAUCAUGACAGCCCCUGUUCAGCCACAAAACUUUUCCAUGUCAUUUGCAUCUUUUGCCGGCGGUGCUACCCCUGGAAAUCUGAAUUUCUCCUCCAAUGGCUACCACAUCAUCUCUGCACCUUCUGGUGUUCACCAGAAAAACCAUCAAACAAGUGACUCAAAGACUGGAGGUGCAAGCUGUUCAAGCAAUGCCGAAGACCCGAAAAAGACUCUUCCUGGGAAGGCUCCAGUGAUGAUGAAUGGACAGACGCUGGUUUUUGACAAUCCAUCGAGAACCCUCAACUUUGUUUCUGGUACUUGGCCUCCUCCUUCAGCGACAGUAAAUGGGGACCCUUCAGUGUUUACCCAGCAUCAUGCGCAGAGGCAGCAGCAAUCUGGUCGGAGUAAGAUGACGACUCAUUCGCAGGUUGACUCCGUGUCUGCCUCCUCAUCCCAGUGGAAAAACCCUGCAACCUCAUCACUCACGUCGUGUAACCUCAAGCAGUUCCAGUCUCAGCAGCAGAUAAGAACACAUGGACAGACUCAGAUUUCUUUUGCUGCACCAUCAAAGUCGCAACCUUUUCAGGAGCAACAUGGGAGAUGUGGUGGCUCUUCUUCAGUAACCGGGUCUGGUUCACAUGGCAAAGCAGCAAACCACAAGGUCAGCAAUAGCAAAACCUUGCCAUUAUCACCUGUUCCUUCUUCUCCUGCACACGCACAGGAGCAGACGGAGAAUUCAGCUUCCGGGUCGACCAAGAAAACUUCUCCCGUUUGUGGAAGGACGGUGCCACCGAUUAUAAGUUCAUGCCCGGGUCAUCUGUCUGAGCUAAAGUACUAGUUUCAUUGAAGCAGACGUAUAAAGCCACAAUUUUUGCAGUGUCUCUCUUCGAGUUUAGGCUAUUCCCAGAUGAGGUGAUACCCUAGUAGUGGUUUAGUAAAAAAGUAACGCUUCUCCAGGGAGUGAACGCUUUGGGUCGGUAUCUAAAUUAUUUAAUGUGUUAUGGGGUUUAAUUUCUUUCGUUAUGAUUGGUCUAGUGUAGAUAUUUAGACUAACAAAAAAAACCAUUUCCCAGUCAGCAAUUUAUUACAAAUACAUUCCUCAACAUUAAUGUCGUAUAGAGAA